AAGGAAAUUCAAAAACAGAAUCAAAUAAGAGAUGAAUGAUAUGAAAAAUAUAGAAAGGAUAUAACAGAGCUGAAGGAACUGAAGGAGUCAAAUGUUGUGAUUAGAAAACCUGCAAAAGUUGUAUUUCAUUUAGAUGAAUCUGAACUGAAAUCAAAGCUAGAACCACCAUGGAAGAAAAAUAUUUUUGAAAGAGUGGAGGCAAGAGCUCAAGCAAUGCAGCAGAAAAUAAUAGAAAAGGAUAAUCUGAAGAAAGAACUAGAAAAAAAGGCUGAAAAAAAAAUUCCUAAGGAUAAUUUGGCUGAACAGUGGUUUAAUACUGAAAACAUGACACUGGAUACUCGCGCAUAUUUGCUUGACAAACUCCUACCCACCUUAAUUCCUGGAGUGGAAAAAGUGUUAAUGCAAGUGGAAAAGAAGAAGCUUUUGACAGAAGCUGAUGGUUCAACCAAGUUUGAUCCAAUUAAUCAUUUGGGGGAAUAUUUAAUGAGAAACAAUCCUUAUUAUAUCAAAGCCCCAGAAAUCUCUGGUUACCAGAGGGUGAUGAGAGAUGUCACAGAAAACCUGAAGAUACAUGUUCCCGAUACUAUCUGCAACAGAGUAGCCAAGAUGAAGCAGAGUGCUAAACAGAAAAGAGAACAGAGAGAACGCAUAAGCGAAGUGAAGGAAAAGGUGGCCAAAACUCGGAAUCAGGCUCUGCAGGAACAAUUUGAUGAAUGGAUUCUAGACCCCAAAGGAAUGAUCCCCAUGUUGGUGAUUCAAAAUGUUCUUCAUGAAUUUUUUCAAAAUACAGAUUUUGAUCUUGAAUCACAUCGCAAACAAUUGCCUAUUAUUGACUCAACAGACCGAAGAUUGAACAAAAUGGAAUUUUCAGAAUACAUCAUUUCGCAUAUUGCAGACUUUAAAAAUGAAAUGUUCGAGAAACUCCUUAAGCACCUUUGCCUCUAUGCAGAUGAAUUCCGGGAGUUCAUAAAAUCCGACAUGCAGAGGCGGAUGUUUGCUGAACUCUUCCUACAUUGUGACCAUGGGAAGGUGGGAUUUUUGGAUCGGCAGAGAACAUUGGCCUUGCUGGAAAUAUUCUAUGACCAAAGUUCAGAAAUGCUUAGACAUUUACUCCGAAACCCAAGACAAUCCAGGCAUGAAACCACAAACGAGGAAGUUCCUAAAGACAAAUCCUGUGAACCCAAGUCCCCCCAAAUAGACGGAAAGUCAUGGUCGGGUGAAAUUUUUGCUUGUAACUGGAACCUGAAUGCUGAAUUUGAAGAUGAGAAACAGGCAGACAUAAUCUAUGGUAACUCCAGGUACGCAGACCUACACCCAAUUAUCAGAAAUAUUCAAUCUUACAAGAAAAUAAGGCACAGGACUGCCUUCAAUAGACUUUCCUUAAAUUUGCUCCAGUUCGUGCAACUCCUGGAGACAUUUGUGGGUGAAGAUGUUCCCUUGAAUAUCAGUGAGGCCCUCAUCUUCUUUUUUAAGACGGGCUAUGUUGAAACAGAAGAAGAGAAAAUGAAUGCCUUAGAACAGGUUAGACAAAAUGCUUUCGAAGUCAGACGGGAGCUACUCCUAGAGGCCCUCUUUCAGAAGUGGGACAGCGAUGGCUCAGGCUUCCUGGAUCUGAAGGAAGUUGAUGAACUCUUGUACACAUACAGGGAUGGAAUGGAAAAAGAAUCUAUGAAGAAAGCUAAACUACACUUCCAAUUUCCAAAGCCACACCCUGAUCAUGAAAUGAGGUUGUCUUCAAAACAAUUUCAGAAAUACAUAGAUUUGGUUGUAUCUGAACUCAGGGGGAAUGAAGAUCAAAUUCUGGAAAGUGUGGUGGAAUUUCUGAUGAAUAAUCUAAAGAGGAGCCACACUGAGGGUCUGAGGAAUAGUGCCAGACGAAAAUGGCUACACCAAAUCCAAUAUGCAGCACAGAAAAGUGGGGUGUCCCUGGAGCCAGUGUAUACGGAGACAUUUAAGGCCCUCACCCAGGAUGCUGAUGCCCAUGGAAAUAAGAAGAUCAGUGCUCAUAUUUCCCUCUUAGAAGAAAACCAACAACUGCCUGAUAGAGGAAAUGUUCUGUUGAGGAACGUGGCUUGUACCUUAGAUGAUGCUCCAUUUGUAUUGAACAAAGUGCUCUACAGGGACAUGAAGGGAAUCAGCUUUACAGUAGUGGACGAAGGGAAGCCAAUUCAUGUCCCCCAAGUUCAGUACCAUGGGAACAUCUUCUUCUGGAACCAUACCCGUCAUAAGAAUGAUUGUAAUGGCUCAUUCCUGGCCCUGCCUCUUCAGGAUACAUAUAUGAGGAUCUUUGGUGUCUUGGCUGUUGACACUCUUAAAGAUCCCCGUGAAAUAAGUAUCUUCCUACCUCAUGAGAUUCGAUUCUAUCAGGGGGUUGCCGGUGUCUUUAGCACUGCCUACCACUUCGUCCACAGCCGGGAGCACAUUCUCCACAUCGUGAUCACCGGCAUCGGCUGGCUCUAUAAUAACAUCACGUCCAGCAUCGCCUCCAUCACUACUUACCUUGUGGAGCCCAGCCCAAACCAGGAUUCAGACUACGUUUUACGGAACAUGAUGGUUACGGGGAAGCAGGGUCUAACAGAAAUCCACACAAAUCCCCCUACCGUUUUCAGGAAGUCGUGCAUCUUCAGGGAUUUCCUCUUCAAGUGUGCAGACAGUUCAGAAGUUGUCUUGGCCUCUGCCAGUGGAGAAACGCACAUAGUAAUUCCGCUUCGUGAGCGAACAGGAGAGGCUCUGGGAGUCCUGGAUGUUAACAUUGGCAGAAAUAGAAUGUUGUUGUAUCAAGAAUAUAAAGACCUGCAGAAAAUGGUGAAGGUGAUCCAAGCUGCCUGCUAUGAAAUACUUGGCGAAUUCUCUGGAGAGAUAACGAAAAAAUAUGUCUUAGAGAUUGAAAAUGUAGGGGAAGUCCAGCGGGCAGGAAUCAUCUUCUUCCGAAUCAUGCUGCUGGAGCUGCAGGAAAGUCUCCAGCUACUCAGGCCUGCAGACUUUGUGUCACUGUUGCUCUAUAAUUGCAGUCAUGAAGGAGGGCCAACUUCUGCGGCAGACAAUGAAUACAUCCAGUCAAGAAUCAACAUAAACCUGGUGCAUAACAUCCUGAAGGCGGUUAUCUUGUUCUUUCAUCCAGAGGUGGAAUUUUCAAGUGACUUUGGAGAUUGGGAUAAGUGUCAAUUUUAUUUUGACAGAUAUUUAAUUGAAAAUCUCUCUACCUUUGAUCCAACUUCUGAGCUUCGGAAAAUCAAUAUAAAGCUCAUUGAUGAACUUAUCAGAGAUUAUUCUCGAAUUGAAAUAUGGAACAUUGGUAAUACUGUCCUUGAAUACCUAUACCACUGGCUGCACAUCUGUUUAGCUCUCAUAGAGAUAAACAAAACAGUGAAUAGUAAUAUUACCCCUCCAUUGCCCUCCAGGUCUGACAACUAUAUUUAUGCAAAAAUGCCAGGGGAUAGUUUACAAUGGAUAUGA